AGAGGCGGCGCAACCAGGAGGAGACGAGCUGUGAGGAGAGAAGCUCGUCUGUAAUUCCUUCACUGAGGAUCUCGGCUGAACUGGUUUGACCGCCUCAGACGUGGUGACACGUGGAUUUUGUGGGCGCGUCCGUUGGCCGUUGCGUGGAUUACCUCAACCUCACGGGUGUGUGUUCGCGUCCCCGCUGCUAUGCGUUUAUUAAAGAAGCCGUCCGGGAAAGACGUCUGUAUGCCGAUAAUACGCCCGUGAUGACGACACAAAGGCCGGCUUGGCGCUCCGAGGAGGUACCGCUCAUACAAACCGGCAUGUGCUCGCUGAUGCGGGCGUUUAAAGCUGUUUUUAGGCUUCGGGCGGGAAUCGAGCGAUGAGACAAACGGGAAUAAUCGAGCAGACUUUAAUCGAUACAUAAUCCGACAAUAUGGCUGAUCAGAGCAACAUCCAGUGCGCCGCUUCUAAGAGUAUCCGGCCUUUUAAAUCCAGCGAGGAGUACCUGUAUGCCAUGAAGGAGGAUCUGGCCGAGUGGCUCAACACCCUGUACGAGCUGGAGAUCUCGGCGGACUCCUUCAUGGAGGGACUGGAGACGGGCUGCGCUCUCUGUCGGCACGCCAACACCGUGAACCGCGCGGCGCACGACUUCCAGCUGGAGCACCCGGACGCUGCGCAAUCCAUGAAGGUGCCGUCUAAAGAUGUGGUCUUUCAGUCGCGCAGUGUUGUCCCCGGCUCGUUCCUGGCGCGGGACAACGUGUCCAAUUUCAUCGCCUGGUGCCGACAGGAGCUCUGGAUCAAGGACGUCCUCAUGUUUGAGACCAACGACCUGGUGGAGAGAUGCAACGAGAAGAAUUUUGUCCUCUGUCUCCUCGAGGUGGCGCGACGUGGGGCCAAGUUUGGCAUGUUGGCCCCCAUGUUGAUCCAGCUGGAGGAGGAGAUCGAAGAGGAGAUCAGGGAUCAAGAGAGCCUGCGGACAAAUGCAGGAGAGCCGGUGAACCACAUCAGCCCGCCCGACAGGUGUUUAGGCAGGAAGGAGAGGAGUCCGGGUGUGGAGGGUGAACCUGAUCCAGAUCCGGAUCCGUUCGUCUGGCAGCAGAAAAGGAUUUUGUGUGACAUGAGAAACUUGGAUGAACUGGUUCGUGAGAUUCUUGGCCGGUGUUCCUGUCCUGCACAGUUUCCCAUGAUCAAGGUGUCAGAAGGGAAAUACAAAGUGGGAGAUUCCAGUGCAUUAAUCUUCAUAAGGGUCCUUCGUACUCAUGUGAUGGUGCGUGUCGGGGGAGGAUGGGACACUUUAGAACACUACUUGGACAAGCACGACCCAUGUCGCUGUGCCACUUUCGCUCAUCGCUACCAUCAGGCUAAAGCCAGCAGUCAGAGCCAGGGAGCCCAGAGCAAGUCCUCAAGUGCACACUCAUCCCGCUCCACUAGCCCAGGUCCACACUGGCGCAGUGAUGGCAUUGCACCCAACAAACCUCCUGACCGGCGCACCCUGGAGGCUCUGGCUGCACAGUGUGGGGCAUCCUCCUUCAUGCAGCCGGGCUCCACUCAGAACCCUCCUGCGCUCAAUGACAUGGACUCCGGUGCAGCACGUGCUCUACUUCCACGGCCGCCUCGAGACCGAUCUGAACCACGCCACUUUAAUCCUCUCAGGAAUAAGGAACCAGUGAGAAGACAUCUGUCUGGAGACAGUGACUCCUCUACAGCCUCCUCCAAGGGAGGUGGAGGAGGAGGGGGAGGAAGGGGAAGGCACUCACUUGGGGGCACGGCACGGCGCUCUGGUGAAGAGGUAGUUCUACUUGUCAACCGCAAGGAAGGAAAGCAUGUGAUUGAGAGGACAGGAGGUGGAACUCAGACUCCUUCCAAACGUCCUGGUCUGCCCCGUGCACGCAGCCAUUCUCGCGAACGGCAUACAGUUGCUCCAAUACUCAAGCCCAACCUCCCACAAGAAACUCCAGAGGGAACGCAAACCUCCCACACAGAGAGAGGACGUUCUCUGGGAAAUGAAGGGCCAAGAAGAUUCCAUCCUCCACGGUCCCACAGUCAGAGUAAGUUACUUAGCCGUCCUCAAUCCAUUGAUGCCAGCCCAGGGCCUGCUUCUCGCUACAAAGAAUCUCAGCCUCUAACCUCAGAUAGACGAGAGGGCCUUCAGACCAAACAAGUGACACCAUCUUCCCCUAGAAUCAGUGGGGGCUUCACCAAGAGACAGUUGUCCUCAUGCUCCAGCUCACCUAUUAAGGGUACCCAGAGCAACAACAGCAGCCCAAGCAAAAAGAACAUACCUAAUCCCAAACUUCCUGCCCCUCGCUCACCCUCCAUAGGGAAAAGCAAGUUAUUGCCAGCUGUUACCACUGGAGGGCGACGUUCUCCACACUCUUCUCCCCGCACCUCUCACCAUCAUGGCGUUCGCUCCCCUAGGACCUCGCACAGCUCUCAAUCUAUUGGUCGAGGGCAUCAGAGGAGUUCAUCUGGACUGGACCAACAUGAACCCGAGGAGGAAGGACUGAGCUUUGGCUUCCAGAUGCCUACAUUAGAUCCCCAGAGGGAGCGGGAUCUUUAUCGCACCUUUGAGGCUGAGUUCUUGGCCAAUACACAACAGACCAAGGGAGGGUAUUGCAGAGUCCAAGGAAGAGCUGUUCUGCAAGGAGCUAGGACACAUUUAGUGCCAGUAACCACUGAUUCUAACAUAACUGACUCUGCCUACUCCUCUUCUAACUCAUCUACCUCUUCCCUAAAUGUUGGGACAAAGAUUGGGACUUUGCCUGACCUCAAGGAAUCCAAAAAAACUAAUCCCUGUCAGUACCCACUGGAAGACCCAUUGAAUAUACUGUAUGGUCAGGGUUUUGGAGGAAUACAAAACUCCGGUCAGGAAGACUCUGAGAAUUGGAGAGAGUGUAGAGGGGGUCUCAAGAAUCUGUCAACUAUCCCUAGCUGCAUAGAGAAGCAGGAACUAAUUGCUUCCCUGCCUGGUAUUGCAGAGCCAGACUCGGACAGAGUAAUGAAUCUGACCCUCACACAAACUGCUUCUCAUUGCAGGAAUAUAAAUGGUGAUCAUGGAAGCUGUGCUCCAACAGGACUGCUGACAGGACAGCAUGAUGGCCUCAGCUGGGGCACAAGACCUAAAGGUGAUGUUCCUUUGGAGAAUCACCAGCCAAACUUCCCUUAUGACUUACAAGAUUGUGAUGACCUCGUACCUCCAGAGGCCUGUUCCUCUUGUGUGGCACUCCCCCCUUCUGAAGACUGCUCCUUCCAGGAUUCCUCUAGUGAAAACUCUUCCAUGUGCUUAAGCCUCAGUGAAUCCCGCUCUGAGUCUCCCCGGCCAUCCUCGCCUUUCCUCGCCAACGGGGACACAGAUGGAGACAUGUUGCAGUCUAACAAAGAUCGGAAGAAGGCAGACACUGUCAACCCUCUCUGUAAAUUUAAGCAGAAACCCAGGAUAAAGCCUCGAACUGACAAUCGGCCAGAAAACACCCCAUCACGUAUCCCUACCCCAGUCAGCUACAGAGAUCUGCAGGUUCAGGACACCCUGUCGCCCUGCCACACCCCACCACUGUCACCACAGACGUCCCAAAUGCAUCAUGUUUUUACAGAUAAAAGCCAUCCUCUGUCACAUUCUCCAGCCAUGGGCAGCAAAGGUUGCUCCUAUCCUGGACAGUCUGAGAGCCUGGACACUGAAGCUUGGAUGUAGCAUAAAACUGAUUGGUGAGAUACAGAAUGUUGUUGCCAAGAUCACUGACUACUGUGUAAAAGACUUAAGAUGGUUUUCUUUGCAUGUUAUUAUCAAACACUUCUAUUUAAAAUUAGUUUAUCCUGACUAAGAGCAGAGGGGUUUGCAUUGCUUUUUUUUUUGCACUCAAGCCAAAUUAUUUAUUACCAAAGCAAUGGUUUAUUAUGUAAUAUUAAUGUUGCAUUAAUUUUAAUGUGUGCAUAGGAAUUGGUCUUGCCAAUCAUAAGGUGUUGUUUUCAAAAUACUUGUGAAAAGCACACGGCUGAUGCAACUACACAGACAGUAAGAGAGCGCACACAUGCUGCCGUGUGCACCACUGAGGGGCAGAGCGGAGAAUUUACUGUAAGUUGUAACUCUAAAAGUGAUGUAAGGGCGGUCUCCAUAUUGCUGAUUGUUUGGUCCCAAUUUCUGCCCUGAUUUCAAAAUCAGGGGGUAAUUUUUUUUUUCCAAUUGUAGCCAAAAUUUGUAAUGGCAGUUCUUAUUACUACCUAUUAUUUUAUAUAUGAUAUUGAUUUUAGGUAUGAUUACAUACUCUGGUAAUCGACUAUAUUACCAAUCCACCUGAUUACAUACGAUUCUCAUGAUAUGAUCCAUCCAUCCAUCCAUUUUCUAUACGAGAUUUCUCCAAUUAAGAGUGUGGGGCAUGUUCUCCCUGUGCUUAUGUGGGCUGUCUGUGAGUGCUCAGGCUUUCUCCAACCUCCAAAGACAUGCAGGUUAGGUGGACUGAUAACUUUAAAUUGACCAUAGGAGUGGGUGAGAGUGCGAAUGUGU